GAGAAAAAAAAGAAAGAGAGAUAAAAAGUCUCGACUGUAGUCUCGAUGAGGAAACAAAAAAAAGGAAGACCGUGAUGACUUCGUCCUCUUUGUCGAUCACAAAUAGAUAUCCUAUUUUCAGCAUCUCUCUUUUGGUUUUCGUUUAUUAUUCGAUCAUCCCUUACAACAACCAACAACGAACAACUAACAACAACACAUCAUCAAAAGGGGAUAUAUAGAAUAUGUCUAUAAAUUCAUCGAAACGUACGGGGAAAGAUAACCUCACGAAACCGGCAAUACAAUCUCAACUUGCCAGAUUAAAAAGAGAGGAAGAAGAAGAAUUAUGGAUAUCGGGAGAAGAACUUUGUACGGAAGGGAGUAGCGAUGAGGAAGAUAGCAAAACAUCUUCUAGAUCAUUCUGUAGAACAAAUAAAAAUUAUGAUCCCCGUAAUUCAUUGGCCAGCGGUAGACAUCAUUGGAUUGUAUCGGAUAAUACAAAAGAAAUUUCCGAACGAUCGAACAGCAAUUCUGAAGGAAAUACGAUAUCCUCGAUAGAGAUAAUAAAUUCAUUGAAAAUGGAUACGUCAAAUACACGAUCGAAUUCUUCGAUUGAUUUGGAAAUUAAUGACGUUUCAAUGGCAGACGAUACGUGUUCGGAUGUGAUACAAGAUGAGGAGGGACAAGGCCUUAAAGACUCUGAAAUAUCGUGGAAGGUUAACAGAGGUACCAUCAGGUUACUUAAUACAGGUGCAAACGCUGCUACCAUGGAACCCGAUAAUAAACCGUAACAAAUGGAUUUUUCAUCGGACAUAGUAUUUCUUAGAAUUUAAUCUUGUCAACAAUCUUUUAUGUAUUUUUCGUCAUCUUUUUUCCAUUUUAAUUACGACGAUAAUCUUCGUGUCGUCAUAGUUUUUAUGAAUGUAAUUCAAAUCUUUCCACCACGAUAAUAUCGUGACGUAGUCGUAGACUGAUUUUCCUGAAUUUUGAUUGGACGAUUUAAUUUAGUACGGCUCAAUCAAAAUUUUUUUAAGGUCUUACGUCAUGAUUUUUAUUAUAUUUGGCUUCGUAUCGUUUCGUUUCUUAGUUUUUCUUUGUAAAUACAAAUAUUAGUUUUGAAUUUAUUACUGGUUCGAUAAUAGAUAGAUCGACGAAAGAAACCUGGCAAGAAGAUAUAACUGAAUUGAAAGAAUUAACGCCAUUAGGUUAUCGGCGAGAAUUUGAAUUUUUCACGUGUUUACAAGAAGGUCUUCAAAUUGAAGGUAAUAAAAAUUAUAUAGCAUUUAUUAAGAAUGUCUUUUGAAAUUUGGACGAUUCAUUAUAAGAUAAUCAUAAAAACAACGGUAAAACAUAUCUGAAAAAUGAUCUUAAUAAAUGCGAUUUGAAAAAAAUAAGUACGAUAAACGAGGAAUUGGAAAAACAAAUAUCGAAGGUAGAGAGUUUGGAUAUUGCUAUCAAAAAAUUUGAUGAUAAUGUAGAGGUAAAUAUAUUCUGCAAGUUCGAAUAUAUAUAUAUAUAUGUAUACAUAUUAAAUGACGAUCGUGUCUAACUUAUUUACUUUAAUAAGUAAAUCAGAGAGAAAACAAAGUAUAUUUAAGAUGAUUCUUAACACAGAAAGAGAUGAAAGAAACUUUGUUAUGUCAAUAUAAAAAUCGUGAAAAAUUGAAAGAGAUAUUAAAGAAUGUACCACAUGAAACUGGAAAAUUAGCUGAAAAUACACAACAAUUUUUUAAUUUGUACAAUAAAUAUGCUGAUAUAUCCGGUAAUAAAUGAAUGAACAUUUACAUAUAAUAAUAUAUUAUAUAUUAUUAAUUAAUAUCUCUUUCUUUUCUUUAUUUUUGAAUAAGCACUUACGGAUGUACGUGAAAAAAUUAAGCAUAAUGACACGGGUAAUAUUGAAAUUUCGGAUAAUCAACAAACGUUGAUAAAAGGAGAAGUAAAUGCAAUAAGAAA